CGAAGAUCUGGAACCUCUACCUUACAAUCAAGAAGCGAGCUCAAAGAAAUCACUGGUUUAUACUAGCUCGUAAUCAGGAUAUUGGAUAUAUUUUGUGUCGCCGUACUUUGUCUCGUCCUUGCAUUCAUAACAAGUGGGGCGACUGUUUUCUCGUUUUCAUUAGAUUUCCACUAUCUUCACCCAACGAUGAUGUCCAGUGAGAGUAUGAGGUAAGCUUCAGUUGCAUUCAUGUUGCUUAAACCAUAAUGCUACCAUAUACAACCGAGGCACCGGGUAAUUUGGCGCUGAAGGUCAUGUACGGUUUGGGAUCUACCCCUCCUAAACAUGAUCCAUCAGCCUCAAUGGAACCUUACGAUCUCGGAAGAGAUGGAGAUCUGGGUGCUCUCAGUAAUGCCCAACAAAGGGCGACAAAUAAACUCAAGGUUUACACAGACAAACUUUCUAACUUGUUAGACUCAAACACGGCUAAGUAAUGAACAGUACUUGCAGCAACAUCCGGAAGUGAAGUAUAUGGUGACAGCAUUUUUAAGGUAUGGAAUAUAAAUGUUUGUUGUAUUUUGCAGGGAUAAAUGGAUUAAACAGCCUGAAAAUGCCCGGGAACACUUCGCUGACUUUUUCACCAGCCCAGAUCUUUUAAAAAACAUCAAGACAGUGAGAAAGGAGUAUGCGGAUAUGUACCAGGAUGAUGGCGUCAUACGUUCUCUUGCUAAAGAAGAUCUUGAUUCGGAGGUUUAAUCGUAUAGUUUCUCAAAAACAAGAGAAUUUCAUAUAACUUGAAUCUAGGAGUUCCGCGAAUAUGAUUGUAAUUAUGAUCUGCGUUAAUCUCAAAUAUACCCUGGAGGAGGGUCAGUUGUAUUGAGUUACACCUUUCCCCACAACGCUAUAUUGUCGUCAAACUGCAAAGCUUUCAAGUGUAAUUAAUGUUACAAAGGAUAAUUUGGUCAGUAUUUCACUAAUAUGUUGGGCAAAGUGUUGAGAUGUUAUAUUUCAUGAAAAUAAAAUUGAUUCAGUUUCAAUCUUUUUCUCUCAAGAGCGUUUAACCUGGCACAUACAACACUUAUGGCAUAUUCAUCUGGUGCAGCCUACUUCGAAAUUUUCUAGUA